GAAGAAGAAGUUCGCACUAGUUUUGCCUCCAAUCCAGUGGAGGUUUCAAUAGCAGCGGCGCGGCAGGGGAGGGACGCACUGCCAGCACUCGGGAUACCCACUCAUACACACUCGCGCACACUCUCACACACACUCCUGCCCACAAGAGACCAGUUCAAUCCACAAGAAAACUGCAAGCACGCACCAGAGUCGUCUAAUCCGAUUGAUAGACACCAACAAUAGAAGUGAAAACUAAAGGAGGGGAUACUGGACACUGCAGAGGACAGCGCGUGUUUUUAUUUUUUUUUAUUUUUACAUCAAUCGAUUUAGUUUUAAAGCACUUUUGUAAGAGUUUUUUUUUUCUUUUAAAGAAAAACAGACACCAUUCUGCAGAUAACGUCGUCGAUUCAUAUUGCGAGAGGAUGAGGCAGUGUAAAGGUUGGAGCGUGGUGGUGCUGCUAGUGCUGUUGGGGCUGGGAUCUGUGGCCCAGAAACUGCCUACGAGAGAUGAAGGUCUUUUUCAGAUGCAGAUCAGAGACAAGUCGCUAUUCCACGACUCCUCUGUCAUACCGGACGGAGCUGAGAUCAGUGGCUAUCUUUUCAGAGACACACCCAAAAGGUACUACUUUGUGGUGGAAGAAGACAACACACCCCUGUCUGUGACCGUGACACCUUGUGAUGCUCCUCUGGAGUGGAAACUCACUCUGCAGGAGCUGCCAGAAGACGCCAGCAGAGGAGGAUCAGGAGAGCCUGAACCUCUGGACCAACAGAAACAGCAGGUGACAGUAGAUGAAGGCACGGAGCUCUUCACCUACAAGGGCAAUGAUGUGGAGUCCUAUGUGGCCACAAGCACGCCUUCUGGUCUCUACCAGCUUGAACUUCUGUCCACUGAGAAAGACAGCAACUUCAAGGUAUACGCAACCACGACUCCAGAGUCUGACCAGCCCUACCCAGAGCUGCCCUACGACCCCCGCGUGGAUGUCACUGCACUUGGCCGUACCACCGUCACACUGGCCUGGAAACCGACACCUACCGGCUUGCUGAUGGGCCAGCCUGUGCAGUACUGCGUAGUGAUCAACAAGGAGCACAAUUUCAAAAGCAUGUGUGCUGCCGAGGCUAAAAUCAGCACUGACGAUGCAUUCAUGCUGGCUCCGAAGCCCGGCAGAGACUUUAGCCCGUUCGACUUUGUGCACUUCGGCUUUGACAAUGGUUUCGGCAAAGACCGGGGCCUCACAAGUAACAAGAUCUCACGGGCAUACGCAGCCAAGCCCAGGGUAUCAGACAUCCAGAAGGUGUGCAUUGGCAAUAAAAACAUAUUCACGGUGUCAGACCUAAAACCAGACACACAGUACUACUUUGAUGUGUUUGCAGUAAAUGCUGCUACCAACACCAGCACAGCAUAUGUGGGAACCUUUGCCCGCACUAAAGAGGAGGCUCGUCAGAAGACAGUUGAGCUGAAGGACGGCAAAGUAUCAGAGGUUUUCAUCAAAAGGAAGGGCAGCAAGUUCCUGCGCUUCGCUCCCGUGUCCUCCCACCAGAGGGUCACUCUUUUUGUACACACAUGUCUGGAUGCUGUGCAGGUGCAGGUGAGGCGAGAUGGCAAGCUGCUGCUCUCCCAGAACGUGGAGGGGAUACGGCAGUUCCAGCUACGGGGAAAGCCAAAAGCCAAAUACCUGAUCCGUUUCCGUGGCAGCAGAAAAGGAGCCUCCACUCUGAAGGUGCUUGCCAGCACCCGACCCAGCAGCAAACAGCCUUUCCCUUCACUUCCGGAGGAUACACGCAUCAAGGCCUUUGACAAGCUGCGCACCUGCUCCUCCGUCACUGUGGCCUGGCUGGGCACGCAGGACCGCAACAAAUACUGCAUUUACCGCAAGGAAGUGGCUGACAAUUACGGCGAGGAGCAGCGGCGCCGGGAACAAAAUCAAUGUGCUGGACCAGAGACCCGCAGGAAGUCAGAAAAGGUCCUGUGCAAGUACUUCCACAGCCCGAACCUGCAGAAAGCUGUGACCACAGAAACCAUCACAGGUCUGGAGCCAGGAAAGACCUACCUGCUGGACGUUUACGUGGUGGGACACAGUGGCCACUCAGUAAAAUACCAGAACAAACUGGUGAAAACAAGGAAAUACUGCUAAAAGACUCUGCAAAGAAUAAAUCUAUUAUAAAUAUAUAUAUUAAAUAAGUUUAUUUAACUCUAAGUGAUAUUCUACUAAGGAGUGUAUACAGACUGACUACUCACACAGCUGAUGGGCCCGUGGCAGGGACUGAACUGUUUGUAGAGAGAGAUUUCAACCUGUAUAUUUAUGUUUACAUUUCAUUGUGGCACGUCUGGGUGGCCCAUAGCGUGAGGUGCUUUGUUACCAGGCUUGUCAUCUUGACAUCAUGCUGCCACUGGGAGGGCAGAACUUCAAAGAAGAUCCCCUUUUUUCAUCAUUCUCUGUUCCUUUGUUGCUGCAUGACUUUCGCUUUUGUCUGUCACAUUUGUUGCAUCCUUCGGUUUCAGUGUGUCAAGGAGAUACAGUAGCUGCCCGCUUUGUAUAGAUCUGCCACCGCAUAUUCAUGACGCAUUUUAGGAGGAAUUUAAAUUAUUUUAUACUUUUCAUCUCUCUUUUUAAUUGUCUGUUUUAUUGAUGACAAUAGUAACUGUUACAAGAAAAUUCCAGUUUUAUGAGGAAGUUGUCGUAGCUCAGACAUUCCCGUGUGUAUCUCAGCCAGUGUUUGCUCUAGAGCCCAUCUUGUAAAUGUGUUCUGUGCUGGAGAUCUGUGUUAUUAUCACUGUAUCGCUGUGUAUGUGUGUGCGUGUGUAUGUGUGUGUGUGUGUGUGUGUCACAUGUACAGAGCUGUCCUGCCAAUAUUCAUGUACAUAAAGACUAAAUAUAGAA